UGAGAUUAUCCUGGUUGGUACCCUGGAUACGAACGGCAAGCUCGCGAUCGCAAACAGAGCAAUGUCCAAACCAAUGCAGGGCCCUGUCCCGCGACCACACCGAGCCGAGAGAACGACGACAUCGUGUGGAGAGUGCAGGAGAAGGAAGCAAAAGUGCAACCAGGGGCGGCCGUGCAGUAACUGUGCCAGGCGAUUCCCCCAGCCGGUCUGCGAGUACAAGCCGAGCAGCAGGCGCACAAGCGCUGCAGCAGUUCCACAACGACCGGCCUUCGCCGUCUCCUUGUCCCCGCCAACCUUGACAGCCUCGACGCAAAGCGAGGUCUUUGGUGCCGAAGCGCUCGGCCGACUAACCCUUCCAACACACCCGUCUCUCUUGUCUCCCUGGAAUCAACCGCGCAGCAGCCGAAUUCUGGGCGAGGGCUUUGCAGACUGGCCAGGACCCGAUUUCCUAGGCCAGUCCGCAACGCCAACGGCAACCGGGCAGUAUGCCUGGAGCACCGACCAGCACAGCCUUUACAUGUGCGUCAUCGCAUGCGAGGAUGGCUGCUCGUUGCACUCGGACGAGGUCCAUGAAGCAAUCAGGCUCCUCCGCGGACGCCGGCCGAUGCAGAGCCCCUGGGCCAGCGCCGGGCUGGUCCCCGGGCAUAGCGCCUGGACUCUGGUGCCGAUGGUGCCACCGGGCGCUGGCGGCAUCUCGUGGCCGGCUGCGAGCCCGGCGCAGGAACUCGUUCCGGUGCCGGUGGCGCAGCAAAUGCAGGACUCAGAGAUUCUCUCCAUCUACGUCAAGUUUCUGUCGCAAUUCACGGCCUCGCUCGACGGACACCCGGAUGCCUCGAACCCCUACCUCAAGUACUACGUUCCCUUCUGUGUCAACUCGCAGCUAUUGGUGCACGUGGCCAUUUACUCGGCGGCCUGCUUCCUCACCGACACCGGCCAUGUCGAGAGGACCGUUGCCAUGGCUCACAAGGGACGGGUCAUCAAGCUCCUGAACGAACACAUUCGGUCACAGCUAUCGGCAAGCGACGAGGCGAUAGCCGGGGUCGUUCAGCUUGUUGUGGAUGAGUGGCUUUGGGGAGACGCAAACGAUCUACGGGCACACCUGCGUGGUCUUCAAGAGAUGAUCAGAUUCCGAGGAGGCUUCCGCACACUCGGACUGCACGGCUUAAUUAGCAAGCUUGCCAUGACCUCUGAUGUUGCUAUCGCUCUAUCCUUCGAGGUCUCACCUUUCCUGCAAGGAGGAAGCGAGUUCGAGUUCCGCGACAAUGUGCAGAUACCUCUCCGCCUCGCGCUCAACACCCCCUUCAUCUCCACGCUCGUGGCCUUUUCGUCCUGCGACGAUGCGCUUCGCAUACACCCAGCCGUCGCGUCCAUCCUCGACGACAUGCGCUUUCUCCUGGCCACCGUCCUCGCUCUGCCGGAAACACCGUCAGCGAAAGAACUGCACAAGGUGCACACGACGUCAGCCUGGAUCCACGAGCGCAUCUCCAGCCUCCCGGAGGAGUCCCCCGCCGCGCGACGCCCGUCCGCGGGGAGCUCAACCACCCCCAGUAGAGACUCUCCGGUCACGGACAUCCGAGAAGGCCAACAACAGGCCGGGCACGGUCGGCCUCGCGGACUGACACCACAGCAACAGUCCGGGUGGCCGCCGAUGCCGGUACCGGGCCAAGCAGGGACAGACCACCUGCGGGAAGGCUCCCCUAACCCCGGCAGACAAGCAAGCCCGAAUAAUAAUAGCCAGUCCCCGCCGCCCGCGGCGGCAGAACCGCCGGACCACGUCUACCAAGCGGUGCGCCUCGCCGCGCUGCUGUACAGCCGGGCCAUCAUGCGGCGGCGGCCGUUCAGCGAGGUGGUGUUGCCGGGCGAGUUCCUGCGGCUGUGGACGACGGCGUGGCGGGUGCCGCUGUCGACGUGGCGCUCGCUGCUGGGCGUGCUCGCGUGGAUCCUGCUGCCGAUCCUGCCGAGCGGCAAGGCGGCGCAGCCGCACGACCGGCUCGUCAAGGCCGUCAUGAACAUCACCCUGUUCCAGAUCGGCAUGGACAACUGGGAGAUCGGCAGCGCCGUCAUGGCGGCCGCGCUGAGCUUGCAGCGGUGGUUGGCCGGCGGCGCUCGGUAAGGAGGCGGCGGCUGGUCCGCCCGAAGUGAGGGGGGGUGAAAAGAGCGGGGGAAAGAUGCUGGGAUGGGGUUGGCGGGAAUACGGCAGAGGGCCAGGGGGCAGGG